ACGGGCCUCCAACAGCUUUCUUCUCCACGCUCUUCAACCCCCCACACCACGCGGGGCAACGCAGUCGAACCACUUUCCGCAGAUCUCUACUUCUCUGUAUCUAUCUCUCUAUCGAUUAGCGCACCUUUCUGAGAGGAUUGGAAUGUAUUCGAAGUCGGAAAACGGAGUCGACGGUGACGACGAGAGGGAAGAAGAAGAGUCCGAAGAGGACGAGGAGGAAGAAGAAGAGGAUGAGCCGAGACUCAAGUAUCAGAGAAUGGGCGGCAGUGUGCCGUCGCUCCUCUCCAACGACGCCGCCUCCUGCAUCGCCGUUGCUGAACGGAUGAUCGCCCUCGGCACUCACGGUGGCUCGGUUCACAUUCUUGAUUUCCUAGGCAAUCAGGUAAAGGAAUUUCAUGUUCACACUGCUGCAGUGAAUGACCUUUGCUUUGAUGUGGAAGGUGAAUACAUUGGGAGCUGUUCAGAUGAUGGGUCAGUUGUAAUUAAUGGUCUUUUUACUGAAGAAAGAAUGAAAUUUGAGUAUCACCGCCCCAUGAAGGCUAUUGCUCUAGACCCAGGUUAUGCUAACAAAUCAUCCAGAAGAUUUGUCACUGGUGGUUUAGCUGGUCAAUUGUAUUUUAAUGUCAAGAAGUGGAUAGGCUACCGUGAUCAGGUUCUGCAUUCUGGUGAAGGUCCAAUUCAUGCUGUGAAGUGGAGAGCUAGUCUCGUUGCAUGGGCUAAUGAUGCAGGAGUGAAAGUUUAUGAUGCUGCCAAUGACCAGCGCAUAACUUUUAUUGAAAGACCUCGUGGAAGUCCACACCCUGAGCAUCUGCUACCUCACUUAGUUUGGCAGGAUGAUACGCUUUUGGUGAUUGGGUGGGGAACUUCUGUGAAAAUUGCAGUAAUAAGAACAAAUCAGAACAAGGGUGUGAAUGGCACAUACAAACAUAUCCCAAUGUCCAGCCUGAACCAGGUGGAUAUUGUGGCAUCUUUUCAAACCAGCUAUUUCAUUUCAGGAAUUGCUCCAUUUGGUGAUACUUUGGUUAUUCUUGCUUAUAUUACGGGAGAAGAGAAAGAGAAGGAUUUCAGUAGUACCGUUCCCUCACGUCAGGGAAAUGCUCAGAGACCAGAGGUCCGAGUUGUAACAUGGACUAAUGAUGAGCUUGCAACUGAUGCACUUCCUGUCCAUGGUUUUGAGCAUUAUAAAGCCAAAGACUAUUCCCUUGCACAUGCUCCAUUCUCUGGUAGCAGCUAUGCAGGUGGACAGUGGGCUGCUGGUGAUGAACCUUUGUACUAUAUUGUGUCCCCAAAGGAUGUAGUUAUUGCAAAGCCUAGGUUAGUGAUAGUUAGUUCCCAUUUGAUUUAUUGGGAUGCAGAAGACCACAUUAAUUGGCUUCUUCAGCAUGGAUGUCAUGAGAAAGCCUUAGAAGCUGUUGAAGCUAGUAAAGGUCGGAGUGAGCUAGUUGAUGAGGUAGGUUCAAGGUAUCUUGACCAUCUGAUUGUGGAAAGGCAGUAUGCUGAAGCUGCAUCUCUGUGUCCAAAACUGUUGAGAGGAUCUGCCUCUGCAUGGGAAAGAUGGGUUUUCCAUUUUGCCCAUCUUCGUCAGCUUCCUGUAUUGGUUCCUUAUAUCCCAAUAGAAAAUCCAAGGUUGCGUGAUACUGCUUAUGAGGUAGCUCUUGUGGCAUUGGCAACAAACCCCUCUUUCCACAAGGAUCUCUUAGCAACUGUCAAAUCUUGGCCUCCUGGCAUUUAUUCUACAUCCCCAGUUAUAUCAGCUAUAGAACCUCAGCUUAGCACAUCAUCAAUGACUGGUCCACUCAAGGAGGCACUGGCAGAAUUAUAUGUUAUUGAUGGACAUCAUGAUAAGGCCUUUUCACUGUAUGCUGAUCUUAUGAAGCCUGAUCUAUUUGACUUCAUUGAAAAGCAUAAUUUGCAUGAUGCUGUUUCUGAAAAGGUUGCCCAACUUAUGAUGAUAGACUGUAAGCGCGCAAUACCGUUGUUGCUUCAACACAGAGACUUAAUACCGCCUCCAGAAGUUGUGUCACAACUCAUGGCCGCAGGAAAUGAGGGUGAUUCUCGAUACUUGAUGCAUCUGUAUCUUCAUGCACUCUUUGAAACUAAUCCUCAUGCUGGGAGGGAUUACCAUGAUCUCCAGGUCGAACUUUAUGCUGAGUAUGAUCCAAAGAUGCUGCUUCCUUUUCUUAGGAGUAGCCAGCAUUAUACACUUGAGAAGGCGUAUGAUAUCUGUGUCAAAAGAAAUCUAUUGAAAGAACAAGUUUUCAUACUAGGAAGGAUGGGGAAUUCUAAGCAAGCCCUUGCAGUUAUCAUAAAUAAGCUAGGAGAUAUUGAAGAGGCUAUAGAAUUUGUGAAUGAUCAGCAUGAUGAUGAACUAUGGGAUGAAUUGAUUAGGCAGUGUCUUAAUAAAGCUGAAAUGGUUGGAGUACUAUUAGAGCACACUGUGGGGAACCUUGAUCCUCUUUAUAUAGUAAAUAUGCUGCCCAAUGGCUUGGAGAUACCUCGUUUGAGGGAUCGCUUGGUCAAAAUUAUCACAGACUACAGGACAGAAACUUCGCUUAGGCACGGUUGUAAUGAUAUACUCAAGGCUGAUUGUGUUAACCUUUUGAUUAAAUACUACAAAGAAGCAAAGCGUGGUAUUCACUUGAGUGAUGAAGUAGACGAAGCUCGCUCCAAAAGGGGUGAACAGAGGGCUUCAAAUCUGGUUGACCGAACUCUUAGCAUAAAAUCCAUGGAGGUCAAAUCAAAAACUAGGGGAGGUGGAAGGUGUUGCAUAUGCUUUGAUCCAUUCUCCAUACAGAGUAUAUCGAUCAUUGCAUUCUUUUGUUGUCAUGCCUAUCACUUGACUUGCCUUAUGGAGUCCACCAACUCUGUGAGUAGCAAAAAAGAGGCAGCCGCCCCUUCCCAAGGUGCUUCCUCAUAUUAUGAAUAUGAUAAUGGUGAGGUAGAUGAGGAUGAGGAUGAGGAUGAAGCUACCUCAUCUGGUGCCCCUCGGAUGCGUUGUAUCUUGUGCACUACUGCUGCAGGUUGAUUUGUUUUUAUUCAACAAGUGCAUCUAUAAUUACGGUGAGGCAGAUGAAGAUGAAGAUGAAGAUGAAGAUGUUACCUCAUCAGUGCCCUCCCUUUGGAAGCACUAUACCUAGUGCGCUACUGCUGCAGGUUGAUUUGUUUUUCAACAAGUGCAUGUAUAAUAGUUUUUUUUU